CGGUGACGCAAUCAAUGAGCGACGACAAUUGGGAUUGUUGUAUCUUCAAAUCGUGUUUAGACGAAACUCGGUUUGUUAUUUCACAGAGAAGGUGAACAUGGUGGUGUUACUAUUCCAUACAGCAUCUACCCAUCACUGAGGAACAAUCAAUAUUCACCAUGUUCUAGUCAGCUGACGUAUCACUAACGUCUGUGGUGGGAAAGGCUUGAGAGCAGCUUUUUUUUCCACACAGCAAAAGUACUUUGCAGAAGAAUACCUGGAGGGAAGUGUCGGGAUAAAAACCAACAAAAGAACAAACCACAACCUAAAAUUCUGAGGACCAAAGAGGAGGAGAGGACAGGAGUGCAAACAGGGGGUGUUGGGGAUGGGGUUGAAGAGCCAAAGGAGGACGUCAUGGUUCACAGCGGCUCUGCAUCCCCAAUGAAAACAACGCCAUCAGCAUCCCCUCAUUUAACCGUUCCUGCUACAGCUGCUCCGCUAGCGCCCCCUCCCGCAGAUACUACAGACCAGGACCCGACCCAGACCUCUGCCAUACUUCUCACCACAGACAUUACCUCCAACUCAGACCUGACCCAGCCCUCGACGCCGACUCCUGCCGAUGCCGAGCCACCUGUCGUAACUCCUGCAACAGCGCAGUCUCCGGACCCUGCUCAGGGCCUGUUCAAUGGCCGUACAUCAGGCAGGAAGAGGACUCCCAAGGCCUGUGAUUGCUGUGGCCCCCACAGCAAAGGACACAAUGUCAGAACCUCGGGCAGAGGGAGAGGGAGGGGAAAAGGGAGAGGGAGGGUGCCUGGUAGUGACCUCUGCGACACCCCAAAAAGGAAAGUGGGUGGCCAGCUGACACAUAUCAGGAGUUUUGAUUUGACGAAGGAGAUGGUAGAGGAAGCAGAGGACGAAGACGACCCAUAUGAGAAGGUGCAAACAACUGUAGUUUGCUCACAAACGCCCGUUGCCCUUCCUGUCACAGGCUCCUUGCAGGAUGGACCAGCAAGGAACUGUGCCGCUCCAGAGAGAGGGGAUGCGCAGAGAACGGAGGACACGUUGACAGAGGGGUCAGGGGUUGCCGGUGCAGGAGGGAAAGGAGGUGGUGGUGAUGGCGGCAGGGAUGCGGAGAUGAGAUUGUCAGGAAUGACAGGCAGGGGAGCACUGGUAGUUAGAGGGAGAGGGAGAGGAAUGGUUGGAGCUUUGUCUGCAUCAAAAUUGGAAGUACAAGGUGGAAUAAGGAGAGGAGGGUUAGGUGGUGUUUUCACUUCUAAAACGUAUGCCCUACCUCGAUCUGUGGUUUUGCAGAGGCAGGGGCCAAACAAGGACGCAGAGGUGGACCAUGAGGAGCAGACCGACCCCAGCUCACUUCAGUCCGCAUCUGGAAAUGGAGACACUGUAAACCUGUCUGACACCGAACCGGAAGAGGACGCAAUGGCGGACAACAUGAUCAUGAGCGGACUGGAAAAUGGACUACCGUCUAUCUCACGGCAGUCAGGUCCUGCUUCAAGAUCAGGGUCACCCCAGGACCUGGACUCUGAGAUGCAGGUGGACCAGACUCGACUUGAUAGAACAGAUUUGGUGUCUGAACCUGUAACUCUGUCCAAUGGAAGCGUCGCCACACCAACAAGUGAGGACCACUGCUCCACACUCCACAUGGAGGUGGAAACUUCUCAUCCAGCUGUGGUUGCUCCUCCAUCCCAGGGACCUAUUACAGUGUCCAGCAUGCAGCACCACUGGGCAUUAAGAGACCACACACUGUACUGUCAGUCUGGAACCUGGGAGAAGAAGGAGAUGGAAUUGUCAGGCAAAGAUGGACGAGAGAUAGACGGAAAGACGCAGGAUGAAGAAAGCCUUGAGCAGCUUACUGAUAUGAUCCACGAGUUUCUGGAGAGCUUCUACAUGAAGUAUGGCGGUUUCAUUCCUCUCAGCGAGACUGAUGUCCUGGAAUACCUGAAGCAGAAAGGCAACUCUGACCUCAGCAACAAGGGAGUGGACAUCAAACGGGAGAUGACUCGGUAUAGGGCGGGGCUGGCCUCUGCUCCUAUUGCGGGCUUCAUGGUGACGUAUAACAAACACACCCUGGGCCUGGAGGACCUUGGUACGCUGGAGGAACAGAACUGGCUUAAUGACCAGAUUAUAAACAUGUAUGGAGAACUCAUCAUGGAGGCAACACAACACAAGGUUCAUUUUUUCAACAGCUUUUUCCACAAGCAGCUGGUUGCUAAGGGUUAUGACGGUGUGAAGAGAUGGACUAAAAAAGUUGACCUGUUCUCCAAGUGGUUGUUGCUAAUUCCCAUCCAUUUAGAGAUCCAUUGGUCUCUUGUCACAGUCACCAUGGCAACCAAAACCAUCAGUUACUACGACAGCCAAGGCAUCGUCUUCAGACACACCACAGAUAACAUUAUGAAGUACCUUCUGUCUGAAGCCAGAGAGAAGAAGCAGACAGCUUUCCAGAAAGGCUGGAAGAUUACCAUCAUCAAGGGUAUUCCUCAACAGAAAAACGACAGCGACUGUGGAGUUUUUGUCCUCGAGUACUGCCGAUGUCUCUCCGUGAAGCAGCCUCUGCUCUUCAGUCAGGAAGACAUGCCUCGCAUCCGCAAGAGAAUCUACAAGGAGCUGUGUGAUUGUCACCUCAACGAUUGAACGACUGAAUAAUGGUCGCCCCUCACUCACUGACUGCUUGCCGGCUUACAUGAGACAGUCUGUCCAAGUCUGUCAGACAGCCUGUUUCACUGACAGUCUGUUACAUAAGCUAACCCAACGUAUUCCAGGGAGCCCCAACUGCCAGUCUGCCUGUUCCACUGACUGAAGAAGUGACUUUUUGGAGCUCAAAAACAGUCUGUAGCUAAGCAGAUUUUUUACUUGCAAAGAACUACUGACGUGGCCCCCCUACUGACCGACACAAAUGCUGGACCCCGUACCCAUGAGGUUGUUUUUGAGUUCUACAUUCACCAUCCCCAGUAUAUUUCAACCAAAUGGCAGAACAGCCGCCUUUAAUGACACAAGGGGAGCUCUGACUUGGACUGAGGACGCAGGCUUCGGACCAGCCUGGACCAAUGGGACGGACCUUCCAUCCCAAAUGGAGUGGCCUUACCUCCUACAUGGCCAUUUUAACCUGAAUGACAUUUUAUUGACUGUUUAUUUUAUGUUGGACUUUACAGCAGUAUCAUGCUUACAGUUAUAUGCGUGUUUUUCUAACAUGUUAAUAAACGUUAGGAUGUGAGAUUCAGUGGACCAACUGUUCACUUAAAACUUGAAGGUUGGAGUUGGUUAAGUUCUCUUGGACUACAGAUAUUUGCACGGUUAGAGGCCUAUCCAUUGAAGAGUCUAGAUUAUCAACUGAAUGUACUGAAUCACGUAUUCUUCCUGGCUGCCUCGCAGGGUGGAAACUUAGCACCGUACAGGCUGAUGGCACAUUCUGGCUGUAGCUUGAAACAGGGAUAUCAUUUUUCACGGUAGUUUUUUGUUUAAAAUGAUUAGGUUACUCCAAACAAUUUGAUACUAAAAUUCCAGUUUUUACAUCACAUUAUUUCCUGCUUUUUUUUGUUGUUUGUUUCGUUUUGCUGUGAUCACAAACGUAUGGUAGGUUUUGCACAAGCAUUUUCCAGCCAUUUCAGCUGAAAGCCAUUGUUUGAUAUCACUUCACGUUUAAAUCCAUUAAUUUGAGCAAAAAAACGUUUCCCUCGCUGGUUAGUCAAUUUCAUUUAAGCUGUACAGCUAGCUGCUGAUGUGAGGACCACCGGGUUUGAUUUUUAGCCAAGCAGUUUCUCCAUGUUGACUUUAUAUUGUCAAGGUCUACUGUUUCACAUGGAUGCAUUAACGCAGGUGCAGAAAGUCAUGUUACAGAGUGGCCUCUUAAUAGAGAAACAAGUGGACCUCAGCUAUUUUGAUUAAAUCUUCUGUCCAACCUGGAUUUUUGUUGUUAUAUUCACUUAUAUGUAUUUACAGAUUGCAUUGUACUUUUACUGGCCUACUACUGUACAUGCUUGCUUUGGCUAAAAACCACGAUUGUUUCUGGACUGUUUUUAUUGUUAUUAAAUGGCCAAUACUGC